AGAGAAAGAAAGAGAGAGAGAGAUGGGAGACCACACAUGCUGCAACAAACAAAAGGUGAAGAGGGGGCUGUGGUCACCAGAGGAAGAUGAGAAACUUAUCAAUUACAUAUCUACCUAUGGCCAUGGCUGCUGGAGCUCUGUCCCAAGACUCGCUGGUCUACAAAGAUGUGGAAAAAGCUGCAGAUUGAGAUGGAUCAAUUAUCUCAAACCCGACUUGAAACGUGGAAGCUUCUCUCCUGAGGAAGCCACACUCAUCAUCGGACUUCAUAGCAUUCUUGGCAACAGAUGGGCUCAAAUAGCUAAGCACCUUCCUGGAAGAACAGACAAUGAAGUGAAGAAUUUCUGGAACUCAAGCAUUAAAAAGAAGCUCCUCUCUCAUCAUGGUUUAUCUGAAUUAUCCAUCCUGCAGCCUAAUCUACCCAAUCCUGUCCGCCCAUUUGAAGGUUUCUUCCCACAAAAUGCAAACCCUAAUUCCCUCCAACACGAUGACCAGGCUUACAUACCCGCCCCACCAUUGUCAUCAGUACUGCUGCAAGCCUUUGAUCAUGCUGAUAAACUCGGAUUAGGUGCUGCUGCUCAGAUCAAUCUUGAUGCCAAUAAUUUUUUUAAUGAAGUGCUGCCUCUGGAUCCAUCCUAUGAAUAUUCGCCGUGGUUAAUAUCAUCAAGUUAUCAGACCCCGCAAAUCGAUCAGCAACAUGAAAUUCCCAAUAUGACAGAACCACAUUAUAGUGAUCCAUUUUUCAUGAUGCCAAUUAUGCCAAAGCCCCAUGAGAUGAUUGAUUGUGGCACUGCUUUUCCAUCUUCAUUUGGUUCACAUGAAGUCGAACCAACUGUAAGUGUUCCAUGUUUCCCAUCUGGUCUUAAUGUGCCAGCGAAUUACCAAAUGGACCAUAUAGAUGCUAUCAUGUCAUUCUUGCCAUCAUCAUCCUCAUCCCCCUUACCCUAAUCUCGAUUUAAGAGUGGAGGGGACUCUAGAAGUAUUGCAAUUUAUUGUGGUUGUCACUGUUUCUGGCUUCUCACGAUUUCAGUGAGCGUAGUCUUGUUUGUUCCCAUAAUUUCAUAUGUAUGUACCGAGGCAAACUUGUAGUAUUGAAACCCUAAUGUUGC